CCAGUGACAGCUCAAGUACGUCAUGCGGCAAAACUCCGGUUCCGACACCUGUACCAAAAAAGUUCAGGGACCAUCACCAAGGUCAUUCAUUCAUCUUUGGCGCAUUCUCCCUCAACACAGCACACCAUUAAAAAUCACCGAUUCUUUGCCAAAAUACUGAUAUAAGGGUCCUCGGUUAUCCAUUCAACACACGAUAUACACACAAAACAAUUCCCAAAAUGGCCGACAAGUCCGCAGACGCUUGUCCGGUCGACCACAAAACCCGCGAUGCAUGGCUCGAACAAGCCCGCGGCGCUGAAGCCGCCAAAGCGAAAGCCCACCCCCCUCAAAGCUGCCCUGUCGACCAUACAAAAACGAAGCCCAAGACGUGGUCCGAGACUGUCGGCUCAUACUUCUGGUCCUCCCCUGCAGCAGCACCAGCUGCGCCGACCCAAUCUACAUCCGGCCUCGACACAAAUCGCGUAGUGUCUACUAUUCCUCGCAUAGCGUCCUCAUCACCCGACUGCCCAGUUGACCACGGCGCAUCCGCGAACCCGGCAAACCAUGAGAUCGAGUCUGGCGCGGACGCCACAACGGGUAAUUGGGUGUACCCAUCCGAGAAGAUGUUCUUUGACGCCAUGAAGAGAAAGGGCUACGAUGCUAGAGAAACAGAUAUGAAGACCGUUGUGCCUAUUCACAAUGCUGUGAAUGAGAAGGCUUGGGAACAUAUCAAAAAGUGGGAGGAGCCGUACCUCGCCAAGUCAAAAUGUGGCGGACCUAAGCUCGAAUCUUUCGCGAACAAGAAUGACCGUAUGACGCCCACAGCACGAUUUAAUACUCUCCUUGGCUAUACUGCGCCGUUUGACCGCCACGACUGGAUCAUUGACCGCUGCGGUACGCGCGUCGACUACGUUAUUGACUUUUAUGCUGGGCGACCCGAUGGAAACGUUGCACCGAGCUUUUAUUUGGAUGUCAGACCCAAGUUGAAUACUUUGGAAGGCGUCAAGAUGCGCGCAAUGCGCUGGAUUGGCAUGGCUUAGAGGAUGACAAAACGAUGUGUAUGGGCAUUUAUAGAGGCGUUUCGUUUUUCUCUUUGGUAAAAUAUUUGUACAUUUUAUUGGUAUAGCUAGACUCGUUUGAUGGACGUACUAGUCCGUGUAAAACAUCUCCCCUGAACUUUUUCAAAUGCAUGAACCAUCAU